UUGGGAGGUGGGUGGAGUGUAGAAGAGGGGGUCGGCAGUGCCGUGUCAUGGAGCCUCAGUCUCUGAGCAGCCAUUGAAGGGGAAGGAACUGCGGGUGUGUAUGUGUGUGUGUGCAUGUGAGUGCGCGCGGAGUGUGUGGACAAGGAGGUGUUGGCAGCUGAGUUGGAGUCCAACUCCUUGGACUCCAUUUGCUAUUCUUUUCUUUCUUCCUCAUACCUAUCUGGUGGUGGUGGUGGGCGUUUAUAUUUGCGUUUUUUUUUCAUUCAUUUCUGAAUCUUUUAUAAUUUGAGGGUUGGGGUUAGUGGGAAAGGCAGGACAGGAUAACCAAGGAUAGUAGUAGCCGAAAGAGCAGGAGGACAUGGAGAUGAAGAAGAGGAUUAACCUGGAGUUAAGAAACAGAGCCCCGGAGGAGGUGACACAGUUAGUCCUUGAUAACUGCCAUUGUGUCAAUGGGGAAAUUGAAGGCCUGAAUGAUACUUUUAAAAAACUAGAGUUUCUGAGUAUGGUUAAUGUGGAGCUAAGUUCACUGGCCAGGCUUCCCAACUUAAGUAAACUUCAAAAGUUGGAACUUAGUAACAAUAGAAUUUCUGGAGGCUUGGAAGUCCUGGCAGAGAAAUGUCCUAAUCUUACCUACCUCAAUCUGAGUGGAAACAAAAUCAAAGAUAUCAGUGCACUAGAAGCUCUGCAAAAUCUUAAAAAUUUGAAAAGUCUUGACUUGUUUAACUGUGAGAUCACUACCCUGGAAGAUUAUAGAGAGAAUGUUUUUGAAAUGCUGCAGCAGAUCACAUACUUAGAUGGAUUUGAUCAGGAGGAUAACGAAGCACCAGACUCGGGAGCAGAGGAGGAUGAAGAUGGAGAUGAAGAUGAUGAAGAGGAAGAUGAAGCUGGUCCAACUGAGGGAUAUGGGGAAGAGGAGGAAGAAGAAGAGGAGGAGGAAGAGGAUGAAGAUGAAGCAGGCUCAGAAUUGGGAGAGGGAGAAGAGGAAGUGGGUCUCUCAUACUUAAUGAGAGAGGAAAUUCAGGAUGAAGAAGAUGAUGAUGACUAUGUUGAAGAAGGGGAAGAAGAAGAGGAAGAGGAAGAGGAAGAGGAAGAAGAAGGUCUUCGAGGGGAAAAGCGGAAACGAGAUGCUGAAGAUGAUGGAGAGGAAGAAGAUGACUAGAUCAUUCUAAGACCAGAUUUCCUAAAUUCCUGGGUGUGCAAUAGAGUGAUCAUAUCUUCCUUGUUGCUUCAUGUAUAAUAGCUAUCCCUACAGAAGAUAAUGUGUAACUUUUUAUAGGAAAAGUGUGGUUUUACUAUUUUUGCCUUAUCAUUCCAAAUAAGACUUACUAGUCUGUUAAUGAUCAUAUUGUAUGUAGAGAAAAAUUUUCAUUGACCCCAUUGUGAAAUUCCCUAGCAGUUUAUUUAGAAUCUUAAUUUUUCUAAUACAGGCUCAUUAUAUUAGUCAUUUUUAGCCCAUAAUUAAAACAUGAUGGCUUUUACACAGGCAUAGUAUGGUGCAUUUCAUUAAUAAGGUUUUAUGGUUAUUUAUGAAUUAACUGAAAUCAGUCAGCUGGAAUAUGAAAUAAAAAUAGUCUUUUGAAUAAGUUUGUUAUCUUUUUAGAGGUGACCCAGAGAUCUUUAGUGUGAAGGCAAUGGCUUUCUUUGGCUAAGGGCUUUUGGGUACUUAUCUGUCACAUGAGUAACUUGGAAAGGGGAGCAGAUAGUAAAGGUUCUAUUCAACAAUACAGUUAUGGCUUUUGGGGAGGCUUCCGGAACCUUGUGAGCCAGGUGACUAAUACGAUUUUAUUUCUGAAGGAAAAGUUGCUAUAGUAAGUUCAGAGACAUGCAGGUAGUAAGCCCUUUGUUCUUCCAGCUGAAUGAGGAUCAUGAUAUGCUAAUGGUUGUUUAUUUUGUUUUUAAGUGUGCAUUUUUCAUUUUCCUUUUGGCAGUUCUUUUAUGAUCACCUUCCUUUCUUGUUUCAUUCUUCUCCCUCUUCUCAAAAGAAAAAGAAAAGGUUGGGAAACAUAUGAAUAUCCAGGAAAACCUUUGGUCUUAUACCUCAACUACCUUUUCAGACCUGUCUCAGUUUUAAACAAGCUAAGUGGAACUGACCAUUUCUGAGAUCUCAAUAUUAUUAUCAAUGCAGUUUUAUGCAGCAGACUGCUUACUGGAAAUCUUUCUUGGUUGACAAGAUGUACAGACUGUGUAGUAGGGGAAAGAAUGAAAAGAAGCAGAGGGGCUUUUGGAAGCAGCAACAGUGUUCCUCAAAAAUCAGGAUAAUUGUGUGUUGAUAAUUAAUGCGACAUUCGAGCCAAAAUUUUAAGUUAGCUUCCCAAAGGAUUUAGCCACUGUUCUGCAAGUAUUUCUAAUUUUUCUGAAUAAAACCUUUAAUUAUUCUUUCUAAAGUUUUAAAGCAUUACCAGAUACAACAUUUGAUUGGAAGAUACUAGGCAGUGGGAAAAAUACUUGCAACUGUAUAUUGAAAUUAAGAUUUGUUUUCAAGUGGAUGUCCAUUAAAAGUAGAAAAAUAUUUGGGGAAAGUGCAAGUGUGUGUUUUCUUAUAUGGCUACUAAUUAUAAUAUGAGUAGACAGGUACAUCUCUCUUUUUGUUGUGGAGGCUCCAUGUACAAGGCUAUUGCUUUUUUGAUCUUGGCUCUAAAUAUUUUCCCCUUUUGUUUUGAAUAUUUGUAAGUUUUUUUAAGUUAGGGUCAGCAAAUUAAUUGAAGUUAACUUUCAUAUUUGGACACAUUUAAAUUAGUAUAGUACUGCUUUUUUGUUAGUUUAAAAAUGUAUGACUUAGUUUUAAAGUAAAAAUUAGAAAGUUAUUCGUGGAUAAAUUAAAAGAGUUGCACAACUGACUGAAAUAAAACUUGGGGUAAGUUUUGUGGGGGGAUUUGAAUAUCCAAGUAGCUAUUAUUUUACUCUGUUUAACAAUUGAAAUGCUCUGUUUUAGUCCCGAAGGCUUCUCAUUACAUAGUAUGCCAGAUUACAAAAUACUUAUUUUUAAAAUUAAAUCUAUAUAUUCACUUUCUUAUCAAUCAUCUUAUUGUGCAAUCAAAAUUAGAUUUCUUUGAUUUGAAAACAACACUUAAGAGCCUCCAAAUAACUUUUUAAGACCUAUUUAGCUUUGUGGGUGAUAUUUUCAUGCAAAUAAGUAAGGGCGGGUUUUAUAUUUUGUAGAAGUUUGGGGUCCUAUUUUAAUGCUCUUUGUAUGGCAGUAUGUAUAUAGUGUGUUAAAUUCCUCAAAACUCUCCUUAAAAAUCUUUGGAGUUAAUACUUUUGUGCAACUGUGUUUUAAAUAAAGCCAUGACAGUGUUAAACAAAAAA